GCCCCUCCCAGCCGCCCAGAGGGAGUGCGGAGCGCCUCUCCGUCUGCCCAGGGGCAGAGGAAGCCUUGGACGUCAUCUUGUCCCCGAAGGCCCCCCCACUCCUGUCCUCUGCAUCGCGAAUGUGGGGCAGCCCCCCAUGCCAGGUCUUCAUCUGCCCUCCCCACCAUUACGGGCUCAUCCUUACUGCACAGAACCUGGAAAUUGGGGAUAAUACCAGUGUUCCUCACCCCCUCCCCCUUCUGUUAGUUUGAAUAGUGACUGUCCCAGUGGCAGAACCCGUGGGGAGGGUGAACAGUAGCUGGAGUGGGUUGGGGUCCUGGUUGCAGGGGCAGAAGGCCUUGGUGUCUGGGCUGGGCGGGCAGCCUGGGCUCGUUCUCAGGGGGACUGAUGACCCCAGAGAAGGCCUGUAGCCCUCCCCAGCUGUAGGGUGUUGGGUUCAGGCUUGGUGGACACCAGUGCUGGCGACCUGGGCGAGGCCCCCCAGCUCCGGGGUCCAGCUUAGCCAGGCAGGUGAGGAAGGUGUCUCUGGAUGCUGGAAGUGAGUGCUGACAUGACCUGGAGCCACCUCCCUCUACAGCUGCAGCUUUUGAUUGCCCCUCGCUGAGUGUGUGGGGCAGAGGUCAGGAGCCCGAGGUCACCUACAAGGCAGGGGACAUGAAGUCCACCUUGCUGUGGUGCUCAGAAGUCACUGACUCUAGUGCCCAGGUCUUUUUGCUAGCCGGCUCAGAGCCCCACCCUCCCAGUCAGGCCCCUGGGUGACAUGAUCCCCCCUCCCAGGCUCAGAGAAGGGCAUGGCUUGUGGAAGUUGUGGCCCCAGCUAGGGAGUCUGACCCAGAUGCUGGGGAAAUGCUGGGCAGAACACUCCCUGCUGGGUGGUAGUGGCUAACAGAGAGGAGCAGAGAGUGGUGUGAUGAGGGCCUUACUGCCUUCUCCCUCUGGGGCUGUCCAUGCCCACUGCCCUCUGCCACUCACUCACAGCCACUGGGAGUUGGGUGGAACCCAAAGCUGUUCUGGGCUGAGGUGAGGGCACUGAAGAUGCUGGCCCAAGGGGAGCCCCCAAUGCCUGCCCUCCCACGGCCAGCACUGGGCCAAGCCUCUGGGCCAUCAGUGACGGGUUGUGACCUGGGGCUAGCAACUGUCCGUAUGAUGGAUAGUCAUACAGCAUCAUCCCCAUGGGCCGAGGAGACCGUGCAUGUGUAGGGCUCACAUGGGAGCCCUAGUAGUCUCAGGACUGGCGUGCUUCUCAGGGAGCCCUGGAAGCAUGGUGACUAUGAGUUGAGCUGCGAUCCACAAGUUUGGCAGUUUGAAACCACCAAACAGACUUUUAGUCUCGGAAACCCACAAGGGCAAUUCUACCCGGUCCUAUAGGGUGGCAAUUAGGUGGCAUCAAUUUGAUGGCAGUAAGUUUGGUCUUGGGUUCUAGUGUGUCUCUCAGGGCACCAGUGGGCAAGUGCUCCCCAGUCCUCUCUGUCCAUCCUUGGCUAUGGGCAGCAAGCAGUGAGGGGGACUGGUGCCCAGCAGACCAGGGUGAGCGCCAGAGUGGCCAAGUCUCUUCUCCCACCACCUCCGACUGCUUCCUCUGGAGUGGCCUUGGGGUUCCCCUGCUGGACAGGGUCUCACCGCUCCUCCCGCCCACCCCCUGCAGAGGUAGCCUGGAAAAUGUCAAACCCCAGCGUCGACGGCGACCCCAAGCCUCCAUGCUUGCCUCGCAAUGGCCUGGUGAAGUUGCCUGGCCAGCCCAACGGCCUGGGCGCAGCCAGCAUCACCAAGGGCACCCCGGCCGUCAAGAACCGCCUGUACCAGCCUCCACCCCCGCCUGCCCUCCCGCCACCCAGCCUGGCUGCCCCGCUGCCCCGACCCGCCCUGGCGGGGGUCCCAUGCCCCUCGGUGGGGCUCCCCCUGGGUGGACCUGCCUCCCCCCCAGCACCCGGGCCCCUGGCUGAGCGGCCACCCCUGGCUGUGGACGAGAAGAUCCUCAACGGCCUCUUCUGGUACUUCUCGGCCUGCGAGAAGUGCGUGCUGGCGCAGGUGUGCCGGGCCUGGCGGCGUGUGCUCUACCAGCCCAAGUUCUGGGCCGGCCUCACGCCGGUGCUGCAUGCCAAGGAGCUGUACAACACCCUGCCUGGCGGCGAGAAGGAGUUCGCCAACCUGCAGGGCUUUGCCGCGCGUGGCUUCGAGGGAUUCUGCCUGGUGGGGGUCUCCGACCUGGACAUCUGUGAGUUCAUCGACAACUAUGCCCUCUCCAAGAAGGGGGUCAAGGCCAUGAGCCUCAAGCGCUCCACCAUCACCGAUGCAGGCCUGGAGGUGAUGCUGGAGCAAAUGCAGGGCGUGGUACGGCUGGAGCUGUCCGGGUGCAAUGAUUUCACGGAAGCCGGGCUGUGGUCCAGCCUCAGCGCACGCAUCACCUCGCUGAGCGUCAGCGACUGCAUCAACGUUGCCGACGAUGCCAUCGCCGCCAUCUCGCAGCUGCUGCCCAACCUGGCCGAGCUGAGCCUGCAGGCCUACCACGUGACGGACACGGCGCUGGCUUACUUCACGGCGCGCCAGGGCCACAGCACGCACACACUGCGCCUGCUGUCCUGCUGGGAGAUCACCAACCACGGUGUGGUCAACGUGGUGCACAGCCUGCCCAACCUCACUUCGCUCAGCCUCUCGGGCUGCUCCAAGGUGACGGACGACGGCGUCGAGCUCGUGGCAGAGAACCUGCGUAAGCUGCGCAGCCUCGACCUCUCCUGGUGCCCGCGCAUCACCGACAUGGCGCUGGAGUACGUGGCCUGCGACCUGCACCGCCUGGAGGAACUCGUGCUGGACAGGUGCGUUCGCAUCACGGACACUGGCCUCAGCUAUUUGUCCACCAUGUCGUCCCUCCGCAGUCUCUACCUGCGAUGGUGCUGCCAGGUACAGGACUUUGGGCUGAAGCACCUCCUGGCCAUGAGGAGUUUGCGUCUCUUAUCUCUGGCAGGCUGCCCCCUGCUGACCACCACCGGGCUCUCUGGCCUGGUGCAGCUACAGGAGCUGGAGGAGCUGGAGCUAACCAACUGCCCAGGGGCCACGCCCGAGCUGUUCAAGUACUUCUCGCAGCACUUGCCUCGCUGCCUGGUCAUCGAGUAGCCGGGGGCCCUGCCCGCCCCAUCCAGGAACUGGCCAUGCUCUGAGGGGGCGGGGCAGGGGCACCAAGAACCCCCAUCCCCCGCAGGGCUCUUUGGGGAGCCCUACCUGCCCCAGCCUUGUGCAGGGUGGAUGCGCCCCCGCCUCGCCCGCCCCCUCCCCUUCCCCCACCUGCGCUCCUCUCCUGGCCCCGCCCUGGGAAAAGAGGGGCGGCGGGACCAGCCCCACGCACGCGCACACACUCGGGGACCCUGUGCAUGCCCCUCGUGCCCGCACUGCACGCCCGCCCUUCCCCCAUGCCACUGCCAUCACUCGCUCACCCUUUGAGGGCCUGUCCGGGGCUCGGCCCUGGGGAAGCACUUUGAACUCGCCAGAGAACCGCCCCAUUGCCUCCCCUUUGUCUCCCUGCUGCUCACCCCCAUCCUGGACAGGGUCGGGGGAAACAGGACACAGCGCCGUCAGGGCCCCAAGGGCUUCCGUACCUUCCUGUGCACAGAGCCUGGCAUCCUCGGAGGAGAGCGAGGGAUUCACAGGCCACAGCCAAAGCCAUGGUCCCCCCAGGAGCCCAAGCCCAGCCCCGCCCCCCCUAGCCCCCUGCCAGCCUGGCCCUAGUGGGCCUCCCUCUAUCCUACCCGUAUCCUUACAUCCCUGGCCUCACUGGGACAGAUUUGGAUUGGGACAGUGUGGCCGCCAGUCUGGAUUUCAAGUGGUCUACAGCCAGCCAGCCAGCCAGAGUGUGGUUGAGGCAUGGUGAAAGCCGGAGCUGACACCUUAAGGCUCGCAGGCCUUGGGAAUAACCGGCGCAGGUCCCACAUCACAGUUCCUGCCACCAACCAGCUCGGCCGGCCAGCACCCAGUUUCACUCUGAACAGGCCUUCCUCCGCCAGAAGAAGUCUGCAGGGCUGGCCCAGCCAGCGACCCCAAUCUUCCAGUGGCCAGCAUACCCUUGCUACCCUGAGGGGAGAGGGGUCCUUUUUAGCCCCACCCCAACCCCAGCCCUCAAACCCUCCCAGCUUCUCAAACCUCUGCCUGCCUAAUUGGGCUCUGGCCAAAUUUUGAUUCCAAGACACUUGGGAGUCCUGGAGGAAGGGUGUGCUGGCACACCUUGGCGAUUGCCAAGGAGGCGGCUGGGACCCCCUUUCCAUCCCAACCUUGAGGCCCAGGAGAUACCCCCACAAAAAUCUGGUUGGAAGAAAGUAACCAGUGUCCAGAGUGAGAGAAAGAGAGAGAGAGCGAGAGGCGAGAGCGAUGCUGUUAAAGCAGAGGAAGGCUUCGACAGCCCAAAGAUUUUCCUGCCCUGUUGGAGUGCCGGCUGGAGGCUGUGGGGCUGGUCAUCAGGAGCCAGUUUCUCCAGCCCCUCCUCUCCACCACUCCCGAGCGGGGAGGGGGGCACUGCCCUGUCCAAAGUAUUAACGCAACUGAAGCUGUGAUAUCUCCGACUGUAGGAGGAAAAAUUAAGGGGAGAGAGAAAAUGACAAAAGGAAACAAACCAACCCCUGAGAUCAUUGUCUUAUUGUACAUAACGACCUCAUUCUCCUGUAUAUGCGGAAGAUAUAACCUUAUAUUUGGUAAGUGUUUCUUGUGCUAUUUUAUCACGUGACCUGUUUAUAAAAAUAUAUAUUAAAAAUGUUGUAAAAACA